UCGCAAGAAAUCCACGUCCCCAUUGCGGGAAAUGUAAGCGCAGUUCCACUCUCCAAAAACGAAGAAAAAACCUUUCAAAGAAAAGCGAAAACCCAACGGUAAACUAUUUCAAACAAUCCCAGGGAAAUUCAUAGAGCAAAGCAGAGAGAGAGAGAGAGAGAGAGAGAGAGAGAGAGAGGGAUGGUGGUGUGGGAGAGAGGACGGAUGUUGGGAAAGGGUAGUUAUGGAACGGUGAGUCUAGCCUCUGUAUUCACAAAAUCCUGUUCUAAAACCCCUCUCGAUGUAGCCGUUAAAUCCUCUCUUUUUUCAAAAUCAUCUUCCCUUCAGAAGGAGAUGAAGAUUCUCUUUGAAUUACAAGGUUGCCCCCGAAUCGUCCGCUGCCUCGGCAACGACAUCACUUUUGAAAAUGAACUCAUCUUCUACAACGUCUUCCUUGAGUACAUCCCUGGAGGUUCUCUCGCCGACGUGAUCGAUGCCACAAGUCAUGGAUUACCGGAAUCCAACGUUCGCAACUACACAAGGUCGAUUCUCCUCGGCCUAAGUUACAUCCACAAAAGAGGAUAUGUGCAUUGCGACAUCAAACCACAGAAUCUUCUCGUCUGCUCUUCUUCAGAUAUCAAAAUUGCCGAUUUCGGGCUGUCGAAGAAGGCAGGAGUGUGGUUGAAUGCUGUCAAUCACGUACGCGGCACGCCCCUUUACGUUGCUCCCGAAUCUGUCGGCUGGAGUGAGUACGAGCCGCCGGCAGAUAUCUGGGCACUAGGAUGUGUGGUCGUGGAGAUGGCGGUGAGAAGAACGGCAUGGGAACAUCUGAUUAAUAGUGACAUUAGGGGUCUUCUAUUUCAAAUUGGAUUCACUGAAAGAUUGCCGGAGAUUCCUGAGUGCUUGUCCGAGGAGGGGAAGGACUUCCUGAGUCGGUGUUUUAUUAAGGAUCCCCAUGAUAGAUGGACAGCUAAAAUGUUAUUAGAUCAUCCGUUUAUUAUGAAUGAUGUCAUAAGAGAUGAAGUAUUGUCUGUUCAUAAUGCAUUGCCUUCUUCUGGAGUUUUUAUGGAAGAAGAUUUUAUCCCACUGCCGGUUUCUUCAUCAGAGUCAUCCUUUGAAAUAUCUAGAUGUGGAUCUAAUGGGUCUAGUAUCCCAAGCUUGUGUCGCCCAUGUCUUCAAUGGGUGCCUCAUUUGCUCAUCCAGUAGAGCGUGCAUAGGAGAAUUUUGGUUGAUUAGCAUUAACCAGCUUCUUUGUAUAGUUGGACAGGCAUUGAUUGUGAAUUUUUUGUAAAUAUGAAGAUGCAUUCUUUGUAGGUUUUUCUUCCCUUUCUUUGUGUCUAUAUUUAUACUGUAAAUGAAUCAAAUGAACACGACCAUUUUACUGAGA